CGCCACAUGAUAUCGAGUGGCCGACACCAGCUGUUUAAAACUUGGAAAAACAAAAUACGCGCAAACAAUUAAUUAAUAAAUUUUAUACAUCGACUAAAAAAUAAUAUAUAUAAACACAGAACUUAUAUAUGCUCACAACUUAUACAUUGCUGGAAAUUCACUUUAUAUACUUAGAAGUACGAUGUGGCGCAACGGAACAAAUUGGCUCCGGCCCUACCAUCUGUUGUCAAUAAAACUCAUGUUUAUUGACAAAUAAUAUAAUUAUUGUUUUUUGCAACCUUAAAAAUAACUAAAACAAGCUGGAAACGAACAGAAAGAAACAAUUUAAGCUUAAAUAAAGCGAGGUUUCGCUAUAAAAUCAAAUUACACUAAGGUAGCUUAGAUAUCUGGAAUAUGAGUGGGCGUGGCCGGAAUGUUCGCCGAUCGGCAGAAAAGACUAGACAGCAAUUUGAUAUAUUUGAUGAUCCCCUCGACAUCGAUAUGAAUAUAUCCGUUAAGAAUGAAGUUAUGUGCCCGGAUAUCUUGCCCAUCGAAGAGGAAGUUGUAUUCGGAAUGGUUGACAGUCAGCAGUUAGUUGAAGAUCAGCAGAAAAUGCAGCGAUUAUAUCCCUUAGACAUGGGAACAAGUCAAUGCCACAAUCUUAACGACCGUUUGAGUAGCCUGGAACGUAAAGUAGAUUUUCUACUUAAUGUAAAUACGAAGAUAUUGGCCCGUGUUGAUAAAAUCUGUGAAAAUAUGAAGACGGUGACCAAGCCUAAUGAUUUUCCUGUUAAGCAUAAAGAAGCAUUGGAAGCAAUUGAUAUGCAAAUUGCAAAUGAUCGAGAGAAAUACACAGAACUAUUUAAGAAUCUGCUAAGUCCUAGUGGAAUUGUCAAAAAUAUUGGACGGAUAUUAGAUCAAAAGUUGUUAAUGGAAAUGAACUACGGAGGACACAGCUCAAAAGCAGGCUUAAGCAAUUAUGUAAAUUUAAAUACAGCGUUAUAUGAGUCUCAGAAAAGAGAAGGCUACACUUUUGACGAUUAUAAGAAGGAUGCACGCUUGGCAUUCCAGAAAGCCAAAAAUCGUGUUUAUAAAGCCAUAUCCGAGGCGAGAAGGCUGAAAAGAUUAAAUGGCGAACUCGAAGGGAGUACACAAUUUAUAAAAAAAAAAGAAAAUCCCGAUGAAACAAUGGAAUGCAUGAACUAGGUUUCCAUAUACUAUAAGUAAUUAUGCAUACAUUAUUGUUUAGUAUUAACUAGUUUUAUUUAAAA